AUGACGUGUAAACUUGAAAGAUGUUUCUUACUUAAUAUCGCUUUUUAUUUUGAAACUGUUCAAGACCUUAUUACACUCUCAUUUGUUAGCCACCAGUGUGAUUUAUUUGGGCUUUUUCUUAAAAAUCCUAAUUUUAAUAAUGAAUUAGAGUUAAAAAGGUGUUUAAAGUACAUGAAAAAUUUGCAAACAUUUGAGGCACCUAUGACUGUUUUAUCACGUUUUCAUUACCUUCAUCGGCAUAUUUUGAGAUUUAUUAGUUCAGUUGAAGAAAUAAAUUCAAAUGUCUUUUCUUAUCUUAAACUCAUUAAAUCACAACUUGUUGAAUUAAGCAUAGUUGUAACAGAACCUGUUUCUUUUAAGUUUGAAGGAUUUGUUAAUCUUAAAAAAUUACACAUAAAUGUAGCGUGUUCAUUAGAAGAAAUUAAAUUAGAUUUUAGUGAUAUUUCUUAUGAUUCUCUUAUUAUUUUUGAAACACUUCAAUAUAAUAUUAACCAAAUUCUCUCGAUUAUCCAAACAAUAAAAGGGAAAUUAAUCAUUAAAUUUUCUGAUAUUAUUAAUGAGAUUACUAUUGCAAAAUGUCGUUCUAUUAAAAAGGAUAUUAAGUUUAUUGGAUAUAGAAAUGAUUUAUAUAUUUCAUUAAUUAAAACAACAUGUGUUUUAGAACCUAUUUAUUAUCACCUUACUUUUGCUAUUGACUUUGUAGGAACUGAACAUUUCUCAAAAGUAUUUAAUAAUUAUCUAAUUCCUUUUGUUGCAUUAUACCCAUCUCAAAUUGAACAUGACUCUAUUUUACUUGAUCUUAGAGAUGAAGAAAUUUAUUCAUUACAAAUUCUUCCAGAAGACUUUCCUCUAACACAAUUAUUAUUACCAACAUCUCUACUUUCUCUUUCUAUUGAAUCUCCAAGUGUAGAAAUUCCAUUACUUCCUAAUUUACUUGAACUAACACUUAUCCAUUUUCAACCAAAUGUCCUUCCUCAAUUACCAAUGACUCUUACCUCAUUAAAUGUGAUUGAUUGUCCUCAUUUAUCUGAAUUAGAAAUCCCCCCACAAACCAGAAAUCUUUGUUUACGUUCAUUAACUUCCUUAAAUCAUCUUCACUCACUACCUGACACACUUCAAUUUUGUUUUAUUGAACAUUGCGAGAUAGACAUUCCUUUAUUACUUGACGUCAAAGAACUUCAUUUGUCUGAUUGUCUUUCCAUUCAAGAAUUUCCUGAUUCAAUUACACGACUUUUCCUUUCCAAUAUUAAUUCUCCUCUUCCACCACUAACUCAUUUAUCACUGUUAAAUGAACUCACGUUAUUUUCUAUCCCAUCUUUUGUUGAAUUACCACCAACCUUGAAUAAAAUUAUAAUCAAAGACUCUCCAAAUGUACAUUUAUCUCAUCCUAUUUUAUCAAUUUCUAUUCCAUUUGGUGAUACUAUUCCCAAACUCCCUUUUGUAUAUGAAUUAACAAUAAAUGCUAAUACUCUCAAUGAAAUACCUGAAUCAAUAACUUCUUUACAACUUAAUGGAUGUGUCAUUGAAGAGUAUACAAUACUUCCUGAAUUUAAAAAUCUUUUACAACUUACACUUUCUCGUUGUGUUCUGAAAAAACAAUUUCCACUAAUGACUUGUCUAACUUAUUUAAAUUGCAAUAAAACAGAACCACCACCAAUCAGUGAUUCAAUUAAGAAUUUAUCUCUUGCAUUUCUUUCACUAGAACAACUACAACUUCCAAGCUCUCUAACCUCUCUAAGACUAUUUAGACUAAAUUUGCUUUCCAACAUUAAGUUUAAUUCAUCAAUUGAAAAGCUUGAUGUUCAACAUUGUUCAUCAUUACGUUCACUUAAUCUCCCAACUACAAUCAGUGAAUUAUCUAUUUCAAACUGUGUAAAUUUUGUUCCAUUGAAUACAGAAGAAUUAACAAAUUUACCAUACGGUGAACAGUUAUCCUUAAAAAGUUUUCCAAGAAAUCAAUGUUUUCAGUUACCUUAA